AUGGCGCGGGUGUAUCUAGCCGACGGUGCAAAACAUUUACCUGACUCUCGCACAUCGAGACCAUCCAAAAGAGAAACUAAGCUCCCGUAUUCGCACGCACGCACACCACGAGAAUUCAAAACGUGCGUUCACAUCGCAACGGGUCGUCACGGUCCGUGCCGCGAUCGAGCAGAGCAGAGACUGGCGAUGGUGCCGCGGCGCGCCCUCGCCCCGACCGCCGUGCCUACGUCACGAGCGGCGGCGGCCAUCGCGUCAUCUCCAACAUUCUGCCCUACACCGACACAGACGCACACAAGUCCAAUUAAACUUCGGCAAAACUUCACAAUUCGAGCUGCAUGCGUAACUUAA